CUGGGUCAGGCUUUCGAGUCAGAACAUGUCCAAUUCAAUGAGUCACGGAAACAACACACAACUCGUUCACCUUUAGAUCAAGGUUUUUUUUUUUUUUUAAAGGUUUAAAACAAUUUGACUAGGAACACUCAGUGUUGUGUAAGAAAAGGAGCAGAUCUGAAAUCAAAGAAACUCAUCUUUCAAUCAGAUCUUUAUCAUUAUGUAAAUUGUCUCCCUCACUCACUCCCUCACUCCAUCCCUGUCUUACCAUACCCAAAAUCUCAAAUAAAAAUGCCUAGACCUUUUUUUCAGAAGCUAAUUCUCCCUGGCACUAUCAGAGAAAAGAGACUGGAUCAUUAGAAGAUGUCAUGUAUGGAAACAAGUGGUGGCAUUGAGAAAAACAUUCAUUUUCAAUUAAAACAAAAACAAUUAGUUUCACCAGGAUCAACUGUAGCCUGCAGUUGCUACUGUGCUUUGUGGUUUGAGUGGCUCAUGAAAUUAGCAAUCAUAAAACACCAUCAUGCUUGGGUCUUUGGAGAUGAAUGUGCUUUUGGACCUCUUGAGGAUCCCAGAUAAUUUUGUCAAGAAAUUUGGACAUGACUUAUUGGGUUUUGCGAGACUCAUUGUUCCCGGUGGUCAUGUGUCUCGCAUAGGAUUAAUAAAAGCUGAUGAAAAAUUAUGGUUUCAUGAUGGUUGGCAGCAAUUUGUUGAACGCUUCGCUAUACACAUUGGAUACUUUUUGAUCUUUCAAUAUGAAGGGAAUGCAAUUUUUAAUGUUCAUAUAUUCAAUUUGCCCACUUCUGAGAUAAAUUAUCACUCCAACUCUCUUAGUGGGAAAAUAUAUCUUGCAUUUGAAGAAUUGGAAGAUGAUGACAGUGCUGCAAGCUCAGGCAUCCCCACCACACAACUGAUAGUCAACAAAAGUUACAAUCCUCCUGCCUUGCAGAAUUUGCUCAGUGGAUCUAAACUUAAUAAUUGCUUAAAUUGGGGUGGUGAAGAGAAUAUGCACUUAACAAAGAGUGCUAAUGUUUCACAAGUGGCCAAUGAAUCGGCACGAAAUGUAUUUGCUCAAUACAACGAGCAUAAGAAUUCUCAAGAAGAAGUGAAACUCUACAGCCCAGAUGGAGAAACACCAAAACUGAAAAAACGUGGAAGGAAAAGGCUGAAAGUUGAUCCCAAUGAGCAGCAGCUGUCAUCUCCAAACGAAGAUGAUGGUGAAAUGAGCUUUAGAUUUUAUGAAAGUGCUUCUGCAAGAAAGAGAACUGUCACUGCUGAGGAACGAGAAAGAGCAAUGAAUGCAGCUAAAGCAUAUGCACCUGAUAAUCCUUAUUGUAGGGUUGUCCUACGACCAUCAUACUUAUACAGGGGUUGCAUUAUGUAUUUGCCAUCUGGCUUUGCAGAGAAGAAUCUAAAUGGACUUUCGGGGUUUAUGAAACUUCAGUUACCUGAUGGGAAACAGUGGCCAGUUCGUUGCCUUUACAGAGGAGGCAGAGCUAAAUUUAGCCAGGGAUGGUAUGAAUUCACGUUGGAAAAUAAUUUAGGGGAAGGUGAUGUGUGUGUCUUCGAGCUGCUGAAAUCCAGGGAUGUCGUGCUGAAAGUUACAGUAUUCCGAGUUCUCGAAGAUGGUGGACUUAUGAACCAUCCUUAACUAUAAGAUACCAUCUGCAUGAAAUUAGAUAGACAUUUGAUGUUUAGUCAUUUCUGGAUUGGUAAACUCUAUCAAGUAACGCCCUUUUCAAUUCGGAUGAUCUGUGGCUGUGGUUUGUGGUACUUAAAUGUUUGAUGUCAGAGCAAAUUUGUAGAACUUUCAGUUGUUUAGGUGCUUGAACAGAAAGUUGUGGCUUGAGUUGGCCUGUAAAUAUACUGUCCAAUCCAGUUGACCUCAAUGGAGCAGAACAACAGAUCUUAGGCCUAA